CUAUCCCUGUGUCCAGCCCAGUGAUAAGAGACCGUGUGCGAUUCUUUAACCCCCCAGUCGGGAACGAAGCCUCGUCCAGGAUGGAAGUAAAUCUUCUCCAACUCGCGGUAGUGAUCGCCGUUUUCGCCUACCUGUAUCGUCUGCUAACCAAGAACAAUGGAUACUUUCACGACAAACCGAUACCCUCGCUGGCGGUGAAACCACUGAUAGGGUCCUCGGGUGACUUACUGCUGAAGCGAGUCACUUUCGGAGAAUUUAUCAAAUCGGUCUACAAUAAGUUUCCCAACGUGAAAGUUCUGGGAUUAUUCGAUACUACCACACCAAUGUUCGUCAUUCGAGAUCCGGAACUAAUCAAACGUAUAGCCGUCAAAGACUUUGACCACUUCGUGGACCAUCGGCCGAUAUUCGGAAACAGCGAUGAAAUCGACAAUCCACAUGCUCUGUUCGGGAAGACGCUGUUUUCGAUGAACGGUCAACGGUGGCGGGAUAUGCGAGCGACACUCAGUCCGGCCUUUACCGGGAGUAAGAUGCGGCAGAUGUUCCAGCUGAUGGACGACUGCAUGCAGACGAUGGUUCAGUUUUACCAGACAGAACUGAAGAAGUGUGGUGGUGCUUUGGAAGUGGAGGUGAAAGAUAUUCUGUCACGGUUGGCAAUGGAUGUGAUUGGGUCGUGCGCUUUCGGGUUGAAAUUGGAUUCCUUCAAAGAUCGAGAUAGUGAGUUCGUCCGGCAAGCAAAGAAAAUGUUGCAGUUUGGUCGGUUAACCAGUGUGAUGAAGAUAUUUGCUUUCCGCUGGUUUCCGAAAAUAGUUGGCCGUAUGGGUUUCGAUCUAAUUGAUCGGGAGCAGGCGGUGUAUUUCUCCGAAAUCAUCAGAGAUACGGUAAGAACUCGUGAAAGUCAAGGAAUCGUUCGGUAUGAUAUGAUAGAUUUGAUGCAACAAGCCAGAAAGGGAAUGCUGAAGCAUCACCAGGAGACGGAAACGGAAGAAGGAUUUGCGACGGUACAAGAGUCCGAUGUUGGUAAGGUUCAGGUGCUAAAACCGAUGACGGAGACAGAAAUGAUAGCACAGUGUUUCAUUUUCUUCAUUGGCGGAUUUGAUACGGUUUCGACUACUGCCACCUUCCUGUUAUACGAGCUUAUACGAAACCCUGAAAUCCAGCAAACUUUGUACAGUGAAGUCCUAGAAACGCACAAGUCUCUUGCCGGAAGUCCAUUAAACUACGACGUGCUACAAAAAAUGAAAUACCUGGACAUGGUUAUCUCGGAAUCGCUGCGACUUUGGCCACCGGCUCCAGCACUCGAUCGGCUAUGUGUGCAUGAUUACACCCUGGAUGAUGGCGAGGGACUACGGUUUACUAUCGACAAGGGAACCUGUGCUUGGAUCCCUGUCCAAGGUUUGCAUACAGAUCCACAAUACUAUCCCAACCCGGAACGAUUCGAUCCGGAGCGGUUCAGUGACGAAAACAAGGGAAACAUCAAUUUAGGAGCCUACCUACCGUUCGGUAUUGGUCCCCGAAACUGUAUUGGAUCGCGGUUCGCAUUGAUGGAGGUCAAAGCCAUCGUGUACUAUUUGUUGUUGAAUUUUUCGUUCCACAGAAGUGAAAACACGCAGAUACCGUUGAAGCUGAAGAAAGGAUUCGUCAACUUACAAACGGAGAAGGGAAUGUUCAUGAGACUUCAGCUACGAAACAAUGCAUAGUUGGGGGACAGGUGAUAAGAUAUUCCGCUUAUGGCCGGUACCAAAUAAGGAGUGAGCGGUGUGAUAAGAUAACGUAGUGUCUAUCAAUCUAAACUUAAGUAUUGUUGUCUGAGAUUUGUUUGUUUAAAAGUUGAUUGUUCAGCAAAGCAUGACUGUCGCUUUUUAAAAUAGCCAGGGGAUUGAAAUAAAUACAUUUGAAAAUCGAUAA